AUGAUAUUCGAGAUAGAGACUUCGGCUAAAAGUCUUCCCACAGAUGCUACACAGAUUCCGACGGGCCUCUUCCGCUACGCUAUGCAUCUUCACGUGAUCUCGGAGAGUAACGAUGACACUAUUAGAAAUUUGACUAAAAGCCUCGCCGCAGCGAGCGCACGGAUACAGAUCCUCCCUGUUGUGCACCGCCUGAUGGACUCUGAGCUCGCAGAGACGGCUGAAGCACACCUUACAUGCGUUGCACUGAUAAGGCUUUUCCCCUGUUGUUCCCCUUACACUAGCAUGUUCUUCAGCAUUCCCCCGUCCGCUAACACGUUCUUCAGUGUUCCCCCUUACGCCUGCACGUUCUUGCGUAUCCUUUGCUUCCACCACAGCAUCCUGUUGAGAAGGUUCCCGGCACACCGAUUAACAACUAAAGCAAACCUCACUGUCCAUCAGAGGAUUCAUACUGGAGAAAAGCCCCAUCGGUGCAGCACAUGUGGGAAGAGUUUUUCAACUAGAUCAUCUCUCAAUGUCCAUCAGAGGAUCCAUACUGGAGAAAAACCAUAUCAGUGCAACACAUGUGGGAAGAGUUUUGGAACUAGAUCAUCUCUCAAUGUCCAUCAGAAGAUCCACAUAGGAGAAAAGCCAUAUCAGUGCAGCACAUGUGGGAAGAGUUUUACAACUAGAUAUUAUCUCACUACUCAUCAGAAGAUCCAUACAGGAGAAAAUCUGCAUCAGUGCAGCACAUGUGGGAAGAGAUUUAUAACUAGAUCAUCUCUCACUACUCAUCAGAAGAUCCACACAGGAGAAAAGCCCCAUCACUGUAGCACAUGUGGGAAGAGUUUUAGAUAUAUACAUCAUCUCACCCCUCAUCAGAGGAUCCACACAGGAGAAAAACCAUAUCUUUGCAACACAUGUGGGAAGGUGUUUGCAACUAGAUACAAUCUUACUAUCCAUCAGAGGAUCCAUACAGGAGAAAAACCAUAUCAGUGCAACACAUGUGGGGAGAGUUUUGCAACUAGAUAUUAUCUGGCUUCUCAUCAGAAGAUCCACACAGGGGAAAAACCAUGUCAGUGCAGCACAUGUGGGAAGGUGUUUGCAGCUAGAUCAAGCCUCACUGCUCAUCAGAAGUUCCAUACUGGAGAAAAACCAUGUCAGUGCAGCACAUGUGGGAAGACUUUUACAAUUAAAUCAUAUCUCACCCGCCAUCAGAGGAUCCAUACUGGAGAAAAAACAUAUCAGUGCAGCACAUGUGGGAAGGUGUUUGCUAGUAGAUCACAUCUCACUGCUCAUGAAAGGACAUAUCAUAUGACCAUAUCAGAAUAA